UAAUUUUGCGCAAAAAUGCAGAGCGAUGGCCGCAGAGUCGGGGGCCUGGGCUGCGUUCCGGAUGAGUUCCACCCGUUCAUCGAGGCGCUGCUGCCCCACGUGCGCGCCUUCGCCUACACCUGGUUCAACCUGCAGGCGCGGAAGCGCAAGUACUUCAAGAAGCACGAGAAGCGCAUGUCCAAGGACGAGGAGCGCGCGGUGAAGGACGAGCUGCUGGGCGAGAAGGCCGAGGUGAAGCAGAAGUGGGCGUCGCGGCUGCUGGCCAAGCUGCGCAAGGACAUCCGGCCCGAGUGCCGCGAGGACUUCGUGCUGGCCAUCACCGGCAAGAAGGCGCCGGGCUGCGUGCUCUCCAACCCCGACCAGAAGGGCAAGAUGCGGCGCAUCGACUGCCUGCGCCAGGCCGACAAGGUGUGGCGGCUGGACCUGGUCAUGGUGAUCCUGUUCAAGGGCAUCCCGCUGGAGAGCACGGACGGCGAGCGCCUGGUGAAGGCGGCGCAGUGCGGCCACCCGGUGCUCUGCGUGCAGCCGCACCACAUCGGCGUGGCCGUCAAGGAGCUGGACCUCUACCUGGCCUACUUCGUGCGCGAGCGAGACGCGGAGCAGAGCAGCAGCCCCCGGGCAGGGAUGGGGUCCGACCAGGAGGACAGCAAGCCCAUCACGUUGGACACAACUGACUUCCAGGAGAGCUUUGUCACCUCCGGCGUGUUCAGUGUCACCGAGCUCAUCCAAGUGUCCCGGACACCUGUGGUGACCGGGACAGGACCCAACUUCUCUCUGGGAGAGCUGCAGGGGCACCUGGCCUACGACCUGAAUCCCGCCAGCACGGGCAUGAGAAGGACGCUGCCCAGCACCUCGUCCAGCGGGAGUAAGCGACACAAGUCGGGCUCGAUGGAGGAGGACGUAGACACGAGCCCCGGCGGCGACUACUACACUUCACCCAGCUCUCCUACGAGUAGCAGCCGCAACUGGACGGAGGACAUGGAAGGAGGCAUCUCGUCCCCGGUGAAGAAGACAGAGAUGGACAAGUCGCCCUUCAACAGCCCGUCCCCCCAGGACUCACCCCGACUGUCCAGCUUCACCCAGCACCACCGGCCUGUCAUCGCCGUGCACAGCGGGAUCGCCCGGAGUCCCCACCCGUCCUCGGCCCUGCACUUCCCCACCACGUCCAUCCUGCCGCAGACGGCCUCCACCUACUUCCCCCACACGGCCAUCCGCUACCCGCCUCAUCUCAACCCCCAGGACCCCCUCAAAGAUCUCGUCUCGCUGGCCUGCGACCCAGCCAGCCAGCAGCCUGGACCGCCUACUCUACGCCCGACACGUCCCCUGCAAACCGUUCCUUUGUGGGAUUAGGACCAAGGGAUCCGCGGGCGUGUAUCAGGCACAGUCCUGGUACCUGGGAUAACAGAGGUCUCUUCCCGCCUCUCCUCCAUCGUCCUGGGGACCCGGGGCACCGGCCCCCACCCGCGUUCUCGGUGGAAAAUCAGAGCGAGCAAGACCGCCCCUGCCGACUCCCAGCUUGGCCGAAAGACGGCACCGACGGGCGCAGGAGGACGAGGGAGGAGGACGAGAGACACACCGUGCCCUCCCGACGCCCCGCGGCCCGCGGGAGGCCGCAACAGGGUCUCCCUAAGUUAUUCAUCUCCUUCCUCGGCCACCCGCUGCCCCGUGGCACCAGCGCUGCCCAGAGACCAGGUGAGCACAACCUGGCGCCUGUGGCCAGGGCCAACGGACGGGCAACGCCCAGCAAGGCCACCUCCCCCUGGGCCUGCGCCACCGCCACCAGCGAGGGGACCCCGGCCAGUCCCCCUCUGUGGAUGGUGAUUGCCAAAGAGGGGAGGCAGGUGCUGGCGGGAAGGGGUCAGCAAGGACCCCAGCCUCGGGCAGCAGAGACCUUGACGGAGGGUGCGGUGGGCGGACGAGUGGGAAGGGCUGCAGAGCAAAGUGGGGAGGCCCUGGAUGUGGCAGGGGUCCAUCGCUGGCACUCACCAAGGAAGGACGCCAGGCGGGCACUGGGGGAGCCCAGGCGGGCCCUGAGGCUGGCCACGCCCUCCCAGACCCCCCGAGGACCUGCCUGGCCCUGCUGUGCUGGGGACUUGCCUUCGGCCCUCGGGAGGAGAAGUCUCUAUGCAAUUAGACCCUAGCCCGCCCGGCCCGGCGCUGCCCGCCGCCCGCCCGGCACCCAGGGAGGAGUCCGCGCACAGCAGGAGACGCACUUUCUGAGGACGGGGUGGGCCAGGCUGAGUGGAGGGGCCGCAGGGCCUCCCUGUCCCCAGGCGGAGGCCAGAGAGUGGUUUAAGUGCCUGAUCCCCACCGGCCGCCCCAUGUCCAGCUGGGACAGUGUGGCCGGGCUCCCACCCCCGCUCCCAGCCGCCUCCACUCACAGGCCCCUCAUUGCUGUGUCCCCAGAGCUAGAGAGAUGGGACCCCAGGGCUGCGCUGGGCGUGCCCCAGGCACCCCGGGCUGGGCUCUGGGCAGGCCCCGCCUCCUCGCCAGUGCCUUACACCUGGAGCAGCCCGUGCCUGCGCCCCCAGGGACCCCGUGCACUUUCACGUCCCACAAGGGGAGGUGCAGAGCCACCUGGAAGGGGAGCAGGCCUGGGCGGAGGGCUCUGGGGACAGGCCUGGGCUUCCACCUGCAGCCCAAGGACCUCUCAUCCGCUAUGCGUUUCCGUUGAGCUGCUCCAAAACACUAAGCUGGGCGCUGGGGAACCUGACCCCGGCCCAGCCGUCCCACCGUCCCCUCCUAGGAUUGCUGUCGUGGGGCCUCGAUGGCGGUGCUGUGUGUUUGGGGGCCACUGAGCCCCAGCGCAAGGACCCCUUCUGGCCCACACAUCCCAACUGACAUCCUUCAUGCCUGGCGCUGGGGACAACCCCAAGACCCGCCCCGCCCCGGGCCAAAGCCAUCAUGCAGGACGGCCUCCAGGCCCGUCCACCCCACACUGCCCCGACCGUCUCCCCCACCCCAGCUUCCAGACUCUCCUCCCAAAUUGGCCCCGGGGCCUUGGCCAACCUGCUGGUCACUUGGAGAAAGACCCUUCUGCUGACCCCCCCCCUUUUGCCCAGAGGGUCCUGCCAUCCUCAGCCUCGAACCCUUGGUCCCUCUGUCUGUCCGUCCGUCCAUCCUCAGGGCCCCUCCACUGGGUGACCGUUUGGGGACCAAAGCGUGGGCCACUCUCGGGGAAAGCAGAGGCAUCUGGAAGCGUCUCAGCCAGGGUGGGGGUGGGGAGGGGCCGCUCAGGCGACCUGGGGUCGGGGCGCACAGAACCAGCUCUUUACCUACUUUGCAUGGUGCUUAGGACCCCGCGGCCCGGCUCCGGCGUCGCCCACGGUGGCGCCUGCAUGGCAGAUAUACCUGGCUCUGUCCCUCCGCCUCCCGGCCCCCUCUUGAAAAAAUCAAAAAACCCUUUAAAAAGUUCCAUGUUUCCUAAUUUGCACGAAGUUUCUACCACAUGAUGUGCCUUGCCUCGGAGAAUAAGUAUUACUCUACAGUCUCGGCUCUCAGCUGCAUGUGUGCACGCGUAGUCAGGCCACGGGACGGAUACAGUCCACGGGGUGUACUUCUAUUUGUAAAAAAAAAACAAAAAAAAAAAACAAAAAAAAAAUAAUAAGAAGAUUUUUUUAAAGAAGAGAAGCUCUGAGCAGGCC